AUGAAGUAUGAAUAUGUAUGUACUUUGUUCUCACUAAAGAUAUUUUCAACCGAUUACGUUUCCUAAAUAUCAGCCCAAUAGAGAUUAUUAGCUUUACUUACUCAUUAAAUGAAUAGGUAUAGUUUUAUGUUUAUCUGACAACCAAAUAUUAAACAUUAGGUCUUAAAAAUAUUUUGAGUGUUAGUAUUCUACAACAGGUGUUUAGCGUGGUGAAUAUUCCCCUUAGUGGCUUACGUUUGGCUAAAUUUAUUAAAAAAGAAGAUUAUUUUUAUGACAACUUUUCAUUAUUAGGUAUCCACGAUUCUUUAAUUCCUAUUCAGAAAUUUAGGUUAUUUAUCAUAUAUGUAGAAUGUAUCAAACAAAAUGAAUACAAAAACAAAAUUAAUCGAAAAAAAUGGAACUUCGAAGUCCAAUUUACCCUCAGCGUGGUCUAGAGCAUUUACUUCGAAUUCAGAAUGGCCAGAUAAGGAAGAAUUUUUGGAUGUGAUUUAUUGGUUUAGGCAAGCUUUAGGAAUACUAUUAGGAAUAAUUUGGGGAUUGAUAGCACUUAAAGGAUUCUUAGGACUUAUGCUAUUUGCUGUCAUCAAUGCUGGUUUAAUAUAUCUUUACUUUAGUAAUUUCCAAAAUGUUGAUGAAGAUGAAUAUGGAGGUGCAUGGGAAUUAACAAAGGAAGGUUUUAUGACAUCUUUUGCAGGUUUUUUAGUAACCUGGAUAAUAAUCUACUCUGGUUUAUAUUAUGAUGUAGAAACGAUACCAUCAUAACCCAAGGGUUAUUCUUAAAUAAAUUUCAUUCCAUUUAAAAAAGAAAUUUACAUUUUAAAUAUAAAAAUUAAUUUUUCUGAUUUUAUAGUGAAGAGUUAAAUCAAUCAAUAAAUUAUCCAAUACAUUUUUUUUAAAUUGAUAUUAAUAUUCAAGUGUUUAAUAUAAAAUAGUGUAUGGAAUUGUUAACAAUGUUGUCAGUAAUGACUAAUGACAUACAAUUUUUUUCUUUACCUUUGUUUCAUUCGUUUCCCAAUAUAAUUCACGAUUUGAAAAAUAUAUAUAAAAGUAAAUACAUGCAGUAGCUCAUUCAGUCUUAAAUUAUGUAAAAAAAAUUUAAUGAAACGAUUUUUAAGCUAAAAUUUCAAAAAUUAUGUAUAAAUAAAUAUGGAAAAAUGUA